CAGCGCCGUCGCUUCGGCUAAACCAUCCUGGCCGUUAGAUUCAACAUCCAACGAUUCAGAUCUUUCCUUUCACGAAUAUUUAGACCCCUCUGCCCCCUCCUUUCAAAACCGGCUCAAGAAACCCUACCAACGGCUUCGUGAACCCUCCUGCUACGGUCUCGAGCUCGGUCAUGGCGAACGCCGUCCCGAUCCUCUCAGAAAACCCUGGCACCAGUAAGCGGAAACGGUCUCACGUCCAUCCCCCAGAACCCCAGGAGCAAGAUGGAGGAGGAGGAGGAGGAGAAGCGAGUACCGAGCUCAGAAAGAAGAAGAAGAUAACAGAUCAGAGAGGAGCCUGGGCGAAUCUCGAUCUCAUCCUUUCCCUCCAGAUUAAAGAUAUCCCUAUUCAAAGGAAGAUCGAGAUUGCUUUUGAUUACGUGAGCUUGAUUGGUGAUGGUGAUGAUCAAGGCGCGGAGGUCGUUGGGAUCCCCCGUCUUGUGUCCUUUCUGAUUGAUUGGAUUCAGCUCCAUUUGAUCUCUUUUGAGAGUAGUAAACGAAACGCGGAAUUUUGUGACUCAUGUUUGGAUUACAGAUGUUGGGCUGUUCUCAGAUUCUGCUUACAGAAGCCGUCCGUUGGCGUUUCCUCGAAUCUACUGCGAGCCGUUACCCGUGUCUUGCACCAUGCGUUGCUUCUGUUUGAUGGUGAUAGCUCAUUGCUCAAGGAAGAGUCUGAUAGGUUAUUCAAGCAUGUUUUUGAGUGCCUUUCUUUGCUUCUUUUAGCCAAUUCCAGAGCUUUCUACAAUGCUGGUGUUGAACUCUGGGUUUCAUGUGCUGCUGAGGCUGUUAGCCUUGUUCUUAAGGUUUUCAUGAAUGAUGAGCUUGGUUCUUCCAGUGGUGGAGUCUUGACAAGUCUUUCAAGUCUUCUUCUUGAGGACUUUGUUGGUUUUCUAAGGUUUCACCCGAAUCCUAGAAAUGUCUUUGGUGCUUUUGUGGAUAGGUUGCUCGAGCCAUUGCUUGAAUUGCUAGUUUUAUUGCAGUUACGAGUGAAUGAAGGGAAAUGCCAAGAAGCGCAUAACCUGUUGAGGAUUGUCAAAGAAGUUUUGUCUAAUGGGGUAUUUCAUCCAGCACAUAUUAACGGGCUUUUAUGCUUGAAGAGUUCAAAUGCAGAGGAGGGCAGACGAUUGAAGGGCAUUAAUGAGAGCUAUCACAGACACUUUUUUCGGAGAUUAGAGAAGAUGAUUGCAGAGAAGAAGGCAGUUUCACUUGGUGGCUUUGGGUACCUUCUUUGUUUGUUCAUCAAUGAAGUUAGGAGUAAAAAAAAUGCUAGUUUGGCAUCAAAAGUCAACAAUGCUUCAGGAAGGCAUACUGAGAUUCCUGAAAAAGCUGAAGAAACUAGCAAACCACUAUUUGGAGUAUUCACACAGUUCUUAGAGCCUCUAGUGCUUGAGUGUAAAAGGUGCGCAGAGCUUGACCUCUCACAGGAUAAAGAGCUCCUAGAAAUCAGGUUGGUGGAGGGUCAUUGCAUGCUCAAGUCCGUGAAUGAGACUCUUACAAGUUUUAUUGAUGAGAAGAUAUAUAUGCCCACAGAAGACACAUCUGAAGAGUCUUAUUUUAACUUUUUGAAACACAUCUAUGACAUAAUUGUUUAUAUUUCUGGGAAAAUUUAUCUAUUUUGGUUGUCAGUGUUACAUGUGGACAAUGUAAGAAUUAAAAGAAUCUUGCCUCUACUUGCAAAGGAGAUUUUUGUUUCAGUUGGAUAUUUUUUGGACAUCGAGUAUAAGGCUGUUGGGAAUGACCUAGUGGAACUAUGGUUAAUGAUAUUCGCGUACUUGAAUGUUCAGAUGCCUUUGGCUGAUACAAAGCCAUGUUCUUUGUUAGUUUCUGGGAUUUUGAAACUCAGUUGUCAAGUAAUUAACAUAUAUGGUGAGCUUCGACAGGUUAAUAGUCCCAUUUUUGCACUCUGUAGAGCUGUGAGACUCUUUGCAGUUGCUAGUGAUGCUGAAUCAACUGGUAAAUCUGUGUUCGUUGCUUCUUCACCUCUGUCUGCGGAGAUAUGUUUAAAAUCAAUGACAGCCCUAUUAAUGUCAGACUCAUUUCGACUUGCGAUUUCUAAUUCUAUCAAGUCAAUACCAGAACGACAAGCUAAUGGAUGUAUACUGCAGCUGAAUACAGAUAUUACAAAUUCACUAGAAUGGAUCAAACAUGGUUCUGUACGUAAUGGUAUAUUUUUAGGUGAAACAAGUACCUUAAAUAGCUGCAUGUUGCAUUUAGGUAUGCAAGCAGAACUUUUGGGAAAAGUUCUAUCUGAGAUAUACACGAUUGUACUGGAUUCACUAACGAUUACUUCAACAAACAGUGUUCUAGUAGGAAAUUCUGUUGAUAAUUUAAUGAAAUCAAUAAGGCCAAGCUUCAGUUGUUUGGUUCAAAAUCCAUUGGAUGGCGUCAGUAGUUCUAUUCACUAUAUUUCAGGGCGAAAAUUGUCUAACCAUGAGUUACCUGAACACCAAAAUGAGUCACAGAGCAUACCAAUUAGCAUCUCCUGGUUUUUUGUGUUCCUUUUUCGUAUGUACACGUCCUGUAGAAGUUUAUACCGGCAAUCAAUUAGCCUAAUGCCACCUAAUUCAGCAAAAAAGGCAUCAGAAGCCAUUGGGAACAUAUUUUAUGUAUGUAGUGGAAUAGAAUGGAGGAAUAAUUGGAAGUCUCUGGAUGAUGGUUAUUUCUCCUGGAUAGUUAGACCUUCCAUUUCCCUCCUGGAUGUUAUUCAAUCUCUAUCUGACGUUUUUUUUUCAAACAGUUCCCCAGUUUAUGCUCCUCUUGUUUAUGUAUUUCAUGCCAUGGCCAUACAAAGGCUUAAUGAUUUGGAUAGGAUGCUUAAAGCAUAUGAAUUCUUGCAAGAGGACUCACAAUUAAGCCAAGUGCCACUUGAGAAUCUUGAUAUGCAAAAAUUAAGCAAGCAACUGAAUCGGCUCAUUGCUACGUCCAGGAAGGAGGCAGUAAAAGUAACCAAAUUCUUAAGUGGUUAUCUGCCAUUGUUGGCUUCAGAGGGAAAAUGUAUAUGCAGCCAGAGCUUUAAAACUGGUGAGGUAAAAAGUUUGCCUCCAGAUGAAGGCACCUUGGAUGAGAAUUCUUUGCCUUCUCAAAUUUGGAGGUUUCUCUGCCAGAAUAUUAAUAUUUGGUGCUCUCAUGCUUCUAACAAGUAUCUGAAAAUGUUUUUAUCUCAUUUGCUACUGUAUUCAUUGCCUUGCGGAGGUCCUGUUAGGGAGCCAUGCAUAGGUGAAACUUUAUGCAACAAAGUUGAUAUGCACCAAAUUGCAUUGGAGCUCAUCAGCGACAGUGCUCUAUAUGAACAAGCUGUUCUGUCCAAGCAUUUAACAUCAAAGUUAUGCCAAGUUCUGAAGAAAUCAUUCACUUUUCUGAUAAAUCAUGAUAGCACAAGCUGUAAGGAUAUGUAUUCAUUAUCAGAAUGGUCGGAGAUCUUGACCACAUUAAUUCAAGGGCCAGCAGUUGAUAUGGGUGGCAGACAUGCUUUACCUACUUCACUGUCAGCAUCUAAUUUGGUCCAUUCAGACAUCUCUUGUACAAUACCUUCUGGGAGGCAAUCAGGUCUUUCGUUCCAUAUGCAACUCAAAGUUUGUGAAGAUUUACUAUAUCUAUUCUGUAAGAUGCCCGGAGUUCAUGUAACUGCUACUUCUUUUGUAGAUUAUGCAACAUAUAUACUGAAUCUUGAAAGGUUAGUCAUAUCAAACUUAUUGACAAGUCGUGAAUCUUUGGUCAAUGGCGAUAACCUCUUUGAGCUUUGGAGAUUGUUUAUUUCAUGUCGACGGGCCAUGAAACAUCUUGUGGUAGCAUCUGUUGAAAAUGCAGAAAUCCCAGAGGCCUCAUAUUUGUUGACUGUAUUUAAUCAUUCAACUAUCUUGUGGUUAUUGAAGACAGCUGAUGAAUUGGUUGGACUGCCACAUGCAUUUUUUGGAGAGAAGUAUUUCAGUCAGAUGAAAACUAUGACAUUUUCCUUGGUGGAUCACACAGCCUAUAUAUUUUUGACAGUAGGCAAACAACUGAUGAGUACUGCAUUACAAUCUAUAAUAAAUAAUGAGAAGCUUCAUAUGAAGCUCCCUUUACAUUAUGACAAAACUAGAAAAGAUGCUUAUAAUGUAAUUGAUCAGCACAUUGUAACUUCAGAAAAUGUUGAACCCUGGAAAUAUUUGGAACUUUUGGCUGAGAUAUUGGCAGAUCAGAUAAGAGAUUCAACUGUUAUAUUGAAGGAUAUGGGACAUGCACUCAAAGAAGAAAUUGAUCAUAACAUUUUGAGCCUCAAUAAAUUAUCGUGUGUUAUAUCUUGCCUACAAGGGUUUCUAUGGGGCCUGGCAUCUACGUCAGAUAGCAUAGGUAUUGACCACGUUACUGACAAACAACAAUCACAAUCACUGAGGUUCAACCAUUCCUGUCUUUCUAGAUUGAGCAAUUAUAUUGUUCUAUUUGAGAAUUUUGUUUAUUCGUGUAUUAGUAUAUUUAUUGUUGAUGAUGGACAAGACAGUGAAACCCAUCCUACACAUAAUCUCCCAUACAAUAAUAGUUUGUAUAGAAAUGUACUCAUCGAAAGUGCUUCUGGAUGUUCACAUCACGAAAGUGCUUCUGGAUGUUCACAUCAUCAUGAGCCAUUUUCUGUUGGAGAGCAAGGAGCAAGAUCCAAAUGCUCGGCUUGUUAUAGGAUUGACAUCAAAGACUCGUCAGAUGAGGAACACACUAAGAAUUCCAGUGUAAAGAAGGAAAGAUCAUCAGAUAGCCACAAGAAGUGGGUAAUUAAUGCUUUUAGAGCAGUUCAGAAUGUUGAUUUGUCUAAUCUGCAGAAUUUGAGAGGGUCUUUCUUACAAAAUUUAUUAGAGGGUGAAAGUCCCCAUUUAGCAUUCAUGGUUAGACAACUAUUUUUGGCUUCUGCAGCUAUCCUUAAGCUAAAGUGUACGCUUUUAUUUUCCAACAGUCUGAAACCACAUGGCAAUUUUUAUUACUUGUCAUCAAAGUCGAUGGGUCUUCUUGUUCAAACUUCUCAUAUUAUUCUACAGGGAAUAGCAGAAAUGGUUGGCAGACCAAAUCCAUUUACCUUUGUUUGGGUAGAUGGUCCAUUGAAAUAUCUUGAAGUUGUUGGGAAUUACAUCAGCUUGUCUGAUCCUACCUUGACAAAAGAUGUGUAUGCACAGUUACUAGACAUUCAUUUGAGAGUAAUAGGGAAAUGCAUUUCUCUACAAGGAAAGUCUGCAACUCUUUCAUCUCAUGAGACAGGAUCAAAUACAAAAAUGCUCCAGAGAGAAACUCAUGUGAGUGUUCAUAAGAAGCAAUCACUUGUUGGAGAAUACAGCAUCAAUGAAUUCAAAAGUCAACUUCGGUUGUCAUUCAGAAAAUUCAUUGGAAGACCGGUGAAAUUGCAGUUGAGGACAGCUGUGCAAGCAAUAGAGAGGGCCCUGAUUGGAACACUGCAAGGUUGCCAUAUGGUGUAUGAAGUAAGAACUGGAAAUUUUGAUGGAGGGACAGUCUCCCCAAAUGUGGCAGGUGGGAUUGACUGCUUGGAUAUGGUUCUUGAAUAUGUUUCAGAACAAAAGCAAGUCAUAAAGGAAAAUAUCUCAAGUUUAUUGGGUUGUUUAUUCAAUAUAGUUUUGCACCUCCAGCAGCCAAAAAUAUUUUACAUAGAGAAGUUACCUUAUAACAAAACUGAGAUUAAUCCAGAUUCCGGUUCAGUUGUUCUUAUGUGUGUUGAGGUUCUUACAACAAUUGCUGGGAAGCAUUCAUUUCAAAUGGACACAUUCCAUGCUAGCCAGUGUUUGCAGAUACCAAUGGUACUUUUCAGGGACUUCAGUCACCUCAAAGAUUCUCAUGACUGUUCAUUAUCUACUAGUAUUCCAGAGGCAGGACCCUUCCAUGAUGUUCAUGAUUGUAAUGUUGAUCGUCAGUUCUCUAUCGAUUUAUACACUUCAUGCUGCAAACUUUUAUACACAACUCUUAAGCACCGGACACGCAAGGUUGAACAAUGUGUUGCCGUACUUCAAGAUUCAGUUAUCACUUUGCUUAACUGUCUGGAGAAUUUUGACACAAAUUCACAUAGCAGAAAAGGUUAUUUUACCUGGGAAGUGCAGGAGGCGGUAAAAUGUGCUAGCUUUUUGAGGAGGAUCUAUGAAGAGAUAAGACAGCAAAAGGAUGCUCUUGGAAGGCACUCGAUUUACUUCCUUUCUAGUUACAUCAAUGUAUAUUCAGGAUAUGGCCCCUUCCAAACAGGCAUCAAAAGGGAGAUCGAUGAAGCAUUGAGACCUGGCAUAUAUUCCUUGAUUGAUAUAUGCACAGCAAGUGAUAUUCAACAGCUUCAUACUGUACUUGAUGAGAGUUCGUGCAGAAGUACUCUUUCAACUUUACUGCACGACUACCAAUUGGAUUUCCAGUACGAAGGGAAAGUGUGAUCUGAAACCAGGUUCUUCCUGUAAUGAGUUUCAAGUUGGUUCUGUUCAAAAUUGAGGGAGGCUAUGGGUUCAUCUUCUUGUUCUUUGGGAACAUCGCAUGAGCAUGCCUCAGUUUGUGGAAAACUCUUCCUGCAGUGGCUACUGUAUCUGUACAGUUUUUUAAAGAUGGAUCAAAGACUGAUGCUUUCAGAAUUUUUCGGAUGGUUCGAUGCAACAAGAGGAUUUAGCAGCGGUGGUAGAACCAGCUGAUGACCAAGGUUGCUACUUGUUAUUUAUGAUCAGUGAGUUGGCACGGCAGUUGAGCUACAUGUGCAGCUAAGAGUGGGUAUCGCGGAUCCACCGUAAAGAAGAAGAGAGUGACUGCUUCUUUAGUUGUCAUUAGGAAGCAAAGUCGUGUGAGGGUUUAACCAACUGCAGAGUCCAGACUUCAUGCUUUUUAACAACUUAGUGUACCUGAACUCGAAGGAAUUUAGCACUUGGCCGAUGAUGACGGGAGACGAACAUUAUCCAACGGCUGCAGAUCAUUUCACAUAUGUUUUAACUCUAAUUAUUAACCCAAAAAAUAGAUGGUGUUCAUUUUGAUCUUUAUAUUUCAUACUAGACAGCAUCGAGAUCAAUUUGUAUGAUUACGUUAUGUCAUUGCAUCUGAAAAGCAAAUGACACAAUCUUAAUUUAUAUUUGUAACACCGUUGGUGUGUUGAUAGAUGGCUCGAUUUAAUACUUGAAAUAUUAAUGUGAUUUUUAUUAGCACGA